UGGAGAUCAGCAACAGGUUUUUUCUUUUCCCCAUUUACACCCGGAUAGCGAGUAUCAGCCCUGCCAGACUGAGAGACAAAUGUGUGCAUUGUUCUAGGGGAACGUAUAAAGGAAUGAUGUGGAAAUAAAAGAAAAAAACAAGACCUCCAUUCUCCAUUGUCUCUGUCUACAGUUCUAAGGAAACCAACAAUAUGCCAGUGUACAUUAGGAAAGGUCCCUUAGAAAUUCCUCCAGGUUCUGAAAAAGACUGGUCUGUUGACGAUGAAGAAGAUUAUUUUCUUAAAGACCCAGACAAAGCCCUUGAUUACUUACCACAGCCUUAUCGCAUGAUUGACAGAGAGUUGGAUCUGCUGAUUGACCAAGCCUGGGAAAUAAUCACAAUCAAUGAACAGAACCGAGAGGCAGAAAAACUCAAGACGAAAAUCCUCAUCCAUGAGCCAAAUGCUGAAAUUCAUAUGACCAGAAGGGUUAACUGCAUUGCUUCUGGGAAAUCGGGAACAUAUAUAUUUGUUGGCCUGUCUGAAGGAGUAGCUGUUUACCGAGUAUCUGACUUGCAAUGGAUUUGUGGAUGGGAAGAACCAAACGUAGAGAUCUGUAGUCUCGAUGUUUGCCAUGUGAAAAAUGAAAUGUAUCUCAUCGCCGCUGUGGAUGACAUGGGCAUUGGACGCCUUUUGAUUCUUGCGGAGGACAAGCUCAAUCUUUUGAAAAUCAUCAAUGUACCAGAGGAUUUAAGCAAGCGCACUAACUGUAUACAUUUUGAGAUUGCUGAAGGAGGAGAAUAUGCUGCAGUUUUUCUGGAAGGCAACCAUGAAUGUUGGUUGGAAAUAUACAGAAUGCCCAAGGAUUCCUGGUUGAAAGAACUUGAAAGCUCCCAGAUUUCAUUGCCACCAACUGAAGCGCCAUCAUCAACUCCUACCUUACCAUUGGUUAAUACACCAAGUGUUGAAACAAAGUUCACACCACCGACUCUUACAUUGAAGAUUAAACCUCCUAAACCACUCACAGGUAGCUCUUUCAGAAAUCUUCAGGAGUCUGUACAGAAAAGUGAAGAUUGCAGUAUGUUUGGAACUGGCCAAAACCACAUUAUCAGUGCUCAGCAAUGGGAUCAACAAAAAGCAAUAUUCAGGGACGUGUUUCAGAAGUACCUCGAUUUGGAGAGUCAUAAUAUAACAGAUGGGCAAUGGUCAAGGCAUGUAUCAUUUCAUUUCGUCCAGUCCAAUAAAAUAUUACUCGGAGAGUUAGACAGGAUCCCUGGAGUGAUGCCUAAUGCCGUGACUGUGCACUGGAAUGAUUGUCAUAAUCUCUAUUUCUACCUACUCGGAGCACCUUCUAAGGAUAAGUCAGAGAUCGAACCAAAACCUGAUCUUGUUUGGCCCUGUGCCGCUGCCAUCACUUGUUCAGCAGUGAGCUCAUGUUUUUACUUAGCACUUGGACUGCAAGACGGGACUCUUACUAUAUGGGACAUGAAAUAUUCUGGUUUCCCAUUAGCAGUUGUUGAUCUUCCAGAAGGAAAGUGCAUGGAUAGCCUGUAUUUCCUAGAAUGCCAUACUGCUAAUAGAGACUCUCCACCUACACCCAGAGCUCAGCUUCUGGUGUGGUGCACAGACAAAUCCCUCUAUCUAUUGACCGGUGCAGAAGGCACAGAAAGCAACAUUGUUCUGAUACGGGAAAGCUCCAUCAAUUCUGAUGCCCAGAUUAGUGCCGUGAUGCCAGUUCAAUCCCUGCCUAAUGGAGUACUUUUGUUUUAUCGUAGCGGUAUCGUAGAACUGAUGGAUAUUUCACUGAAAGAAGCAGUUUGUCAGUUCUCUUUACCAUUUUCCCACUGGGUGGCAUUUCCUUGGCAACCUGUGUAUGCAUUUGAUUCGGAGAACCUCUUCCUUUUUCUUAAAGGAAAUGAGAAAAUGGCCGCAGGGGAGAUUAUGGCAGAAGGAGUUGAAGCUUGCUCUCUCUUUACAUUCAAUCUGAACUCUUUGCAGCUAAUGGAUGCUUUCAAAAAGAUGCAACAUACUUCACUGUCAUUGUCUCAGAACCUACACUGGGAACAAAGGUGUAAAAUCGUGUUGCAAAAUAGGUUACACAGUUUUCCUGAGAGGAAAAAGAAGAUAGCGGAAUGUUGGUCCAAACUGAAAAAACAGGCCUCACCUUUAAUAUAUUGAGUCACCCCAAGCAGAUAAUAUAAAUGGACAAAAUGUGUGCUGUUUAUUAAGUGUGUGCAGUAGCUCUCAGUUAUCUAUACUGCUGACAAUGACAAUGUAUGUUUUAAUAAAUCUA